CAAUUGUCUAUAACGAUGACCCUCAAGUUGAUAAUCAAGAAAUAUCGAUUGAAAUUAUUAAUUCAAAUGAAAAUCAAGAUAUUGGUAUAGCUAAUUUAAAUGAAAAUCAAGAUAUCAAUAUAGAUGUUAACAACCAAGAUAUAAUCUUGUACCAGACCUGUAAACAAGAAAUUUUUAACCUGUUGGAU